CGGCUGCGGCGGCCGCCGGGAGCAGCAGCAGCAGCAGCAGCAGCGCCAGCCCUGCCCGCCCUUCCCGCUGCCCGUCGCGACGCCUCCAUGGACUCCUGCCCGGCCGGCGGCGCCGGCGCCCGGUCACCUACAUCAGACCUCAACGUGGCACUGCGUGAAUGUAUGGCAGCUCUGGAUUUAUUUCUUAACAACAAGUUCUCAGAUGCUUUGGCUUCUUUACAAGCAAAAACUAAAGACAGCAUGUAUCAUGCCCUGACUUAUGCCACCAUAUUGGAAAUGCAAGCUAUGAUGACAUUUGAUCCUCAGGACAUACUGAAUGCAGGAAACACAAUGAAGGAAGCUCAAGCCACCUGUCAAAGAUUUAGGAAGAAAUCUACAGUAGCUGAUUCUAUCAACAACCUUGUACAUAGACAAAGCCUUGAACACUUUACUGAAGAGGAAAUCCAUGCAGAAAUUUGCUAUGCUGAAUGUUUACUUCAGAGAGCAGCACUCACAUUCCUCCAGGAUGAGAAUAUGGUAAGCUUCAUAAAGGGAGGCAUCAAAGUCCGAAACAGUUACCAAACAUACAGGGAGCUGGACAGUCUCAUACAGUCCCCACAUUAUGUCAAAGGAGAGAACCAUCUUCAUUUUGAGGGAGGUGUAAAACUUGGAGUUGGAGCAUUUAAUCUGACAUUGUCCAUGUUCCCUGCACGGAUCCUGAGAUUACUGGAGUUUGUUGGAUUUUCUGGAAACAAGGAACAUGGUCUGCUGCAGCUUCAAGAAGGAGCAUCAUCAUACAGCUUUAGGUCGGUGCUGUGUACCAUGCUGUUGCUUUGCUAUCAUACUUUCAUGACCUUUGUGUUAGGGACAGGAAAAGGAAAUGUUGAGGAGGCAGAAAGACUACUUAAGCCUUACUUGGCUCGCUAUCCAAAGGGAGCCAUAUUCCUGUUUUUUGCAGGCAGGAUAGAAACACUAAAGGGUAAUAUUGAUGCGGCAGUCAAUAGGUAUGAGGAGUGCUGUGAGGCUCAGCAGUACUGGAAGCAGUUCCAUCACAUGUGUUACUGGGAGCUGAUGUGGUGCUUCACCUACAAGCGCCAGUGGAAGAUGGCUUUCUUCUAUGCAGACCUGCUGAGCAAAGAGAACACCUGGUCAAAGGCUACUUAUAUUUACAUGAAAGCUGCUUAUCUCAGUAUGUUUGGACCAGAUGACUGCAGCCCUUUUGGAGACAGCGAAGCUGAAUUAUUUAGGAUUGUUCCCACUCUGAAACUGAAAAUUGCAGGGAAAUCUCUGCCUACAGAAAAGUUUGCAAUUCGGAAAGCGCGACGGUAUCUUUCUCCAAACCCUGUUCCUUUGCCUGUUCCACCUUUGGAAAUGAUGUAUAUCUGGAAUGGCUAUGCUGUAAUUGGAAAAUGUCCCAACUUAACAGAAGGCAUGUUAGAGACUUUAAUUGAAGCAGAAGAAGCAUUGGCAAGAAGUUCAGCUACAGAAUUACUAGCAGAUGACCGGUGUGUGAUAAAGCUGUUAAAGGGAUUAUGCCUCAAGCAUUUGGGCAAGAUCUCAGAAGCAGAAGAACAUUUUAAUUACAUCUAUUUAAAUGAGAAGAAGAUAAAAUAUGAUCAUUAUCUAAUUCCAAAUGCCUUGCUGGAGUUGGCAAUACUGUAUCUAGACCAAGAUAGAAGAGAAGAAGCAAUAAAACUUCUGGAAAAAGCAAAACAAAACUACAAGAAUUACUCCAUGGAAACAAGGACACAUUUCAGGAUUCAAGCAGCCCUGCACCAAGCCAAAUCCGCCCCAGAAAAUGGAAUGCACUCUGGAGCCUCAGCAGUGUCGUAACUUUUUCCUCUUUGAUGUCCCGUUUGUUGCAAACUUUGGUGCAGAAAAUUACUGACACUUUAGAGUUAUUUUUCCCUCUCUUUCAAGUCAGUGAAAAGCCAAAUAACUUAAAAUUUUAAAGGUGAUGCAUAAAACGUUAAUCUCGCGUAACAACAUGGCAAAAAACCUCUCAAACCAACCAUAUAACCCUGAAUAUUGUUUUUCCAGCAGUGGCUUUUUGAAUAUUUACAUCUGUGUCAUUCAGUUUUCAAUCGUGUGCCUUUUUCUUGCGUUUGCAACAUUAUGUUGUAGCUUUGCUUAGCGAGAGAGGGGAACAACUGAAAAAAAAACCCCAAACAACAAAACUUCAGGUUUCAUGGAUUUAAUCUCAUUUAGCUCUAAAUGUUUGUUUGGAUCCAUGCUGCCAGCAGUUGAGAAGGAAGCAUCGCUUUUUCCCAGUACCUGCGUUGUUGGAACGGUGUGAGAAAACCUCGGUGCACGUGGAACACAUCGGGGAGGAGCUCUGGAUCCUGGGCGUUUCUAGUUGUGCAUGGGAAAUUCCCUUUUACCAGCUUUUGCCAGUCACAUUUUGCUUCUUUAAAAAACUUGCUGGUGAAAAGAAUGGUCUCCCUUAUGCUGGUACCUUGACUUUAAUUUGGUUUUCCUGUCAAGUCCGCUGCUUCUAGCAGCUGAAUAAUUUACUGAGGAUUGUGGGGGGGAAAGGUGAUGACAGUAUAAAACUGCAUCACUUCUUCCUUGACCACGCAGAGUUCUUAGAAAAUGUUUUUGCCACAAUGAACAUGAUCUGAAGUUUAUAUCAAAUUUAAAGCACAAGUCCUUGAAGGUCAUUUAAGAAACAACAAUAUUGCUCUGGCUGCACAGCGAUACAGGGGUUCCUGUGACACUCCGUUCUUUAAGAUGGGUGUCCUUAGGGCUGCCCAGCUGGAGAUGUCCAUGUUGAAAGAGGCCAAUGCUUCCUGUGUGAAGAAGCUGGGGCUGGAGGAGGUUCCCUUGGUACAAAGGAGCCCUUUGUCUUUUUGCUCUUUAUUGAUCUUUUGGGAGAUUUUCCAUGUAACUGGCUUUGGGAGUAGAGCAAUGAGCUGGGUCUGCUUUCCAAUGCUGGCUGCCAUGGAACUGCUGCAAAACUGGUGAAGUCAGUUGCAACACAGCUUUGACUCAUAUUUAUUGUUCUCCAGGCUAGUUCUAUGUUUGUAAGCCUAUGGGUUUUUGGGGCACACUUCUACCUCCCUUUUGAAAGAGCUUCUUCCCCAUGACCCAUUCUGAUGGGUGGAGAUGGGAGGUCUUCUGACAGCCCUUUUUCUCCAAUGGAGAUGUUUGCCAGGAAGAUUCAUAUCUAUGUACCUCACAGUGAAUGUCCUUUCUAAAGUGAUUGUUCCCAGCAGAAGAGAAAAUCAACAGUUUAUAGCUCUGCUUUUACCUUCUCUAAGGAAAUUACAUUGUUUUAUAAUGGCAAAAUAAUAUGCAAGGAGACAGAACCACCUGUUCCUCAACAAGGAGAACUUGCAUUGUCUUAAAAACAGACACCCUUUAUAAAAGCCUUUCCAAGUCAAAAUCAUAGGUGAAGAAUGUGUUUUUAUAAAGUGACUUUCUCAGAUAAAUUCAGUUCAGAUAAAUUUCUCAAUUCAGAUAAAAUUCAGUAUAAACAGUUACGCUAUUUACGUGCAGCACAUCAAAACUUCAGUGUAAAAACUCAGCCAUUCUUUGUAUAGAAUAAAAAAGUUUCUUGUUCUAUUAUUGCAUAUAAUGCCUCUUUUUCUAGUUGUGUCCUUUUCAAAUAUUUUUGGCAGCCUUAGCAUCUUCUAAGCACGUAAUAAUGCCAUGUGGAAAUUAGCAUAAAUUUUACUUUGCAGAAAGUGAACAAUCCUUCUGAGUGUAGAUUCAUUUCUCAAGGCCACUGAAACCUCUUUGAAAUUUCACCCACAACAGAGUUUCCCCUGAUCAUAGAUACACUGCACAAAGGACAUACUAUGCAAUACACAGCCAGCUUCCCUGAGGCUUUGCAGCCAUGAAAAUCCCAAGAUUUUCCUAAGGUUUUCAUAGCCUUCAGAAGAUUUUCAUAGUCAGCUUUGGUUGAACACCAGCACCAGUGACAUUGUGGACCUGAUCUCCAGCUUCAGCUGAGGACUUGG